GUGCGCUGUGUCCCUUGGACACAGCGGAUCACCGAUCACGGAAAGAGCCGAAGAUGUCGGCUCGGUCAGGUGAUCAGAUGUGUCCAAUCACAGCUGAUCACAUGGGACAUGUACACUGAUCAUCAGGGCACUGAUGAUCAGUGUGCCCUGAUGAUCAGUGUAGCCCCAGCAGUGCCACCUGUCAAAGUCCAUCAGUGCCAGCUGUCAGUGCCACGUGCCAGUGCCUAUCAGUGCCACAUCAAUGCAACAUAUCAGUGCAUACCAGUGCACAUCAAUUGCCCAUCUGAGCUGCCUUUCAGUGUCAUCCAUCAGUGCCAGUCAGUCUCACCUAUCAAUGCCAAUCAGUGCCACCUAUCAGUGCAAUCAGUGCCAGUCAGUGCCACCUAUCAG